AUGAAUGUUUAUUCAUAACUUGAAAUGCAAGUGGAGAUGACCCUUGACACAACUACUAUACAAUGUUUUUUUCUUCAUAAUAUGAUGGUGUUGUGAUAUAUAUGUAAUCAGGAUGGUAUACAUGGAAGAUUUUUUGUUCUAAAUGCAAUUUGAAUAUGAAUGUUUUAUUCAUAACUUGAAAUACAAGUCGAGAUGACCCUUGAUAAUGAAAGAUGGUUGUGUGCCUUCAAUUGAGUUUAUGUCUCUCGGUUUUCCUAAAAUUGAUGGUUUGAAUGCAAUUUCAAUCUGAAUGCUUAUUCACAACUUUAAAUGUAAGUGGAGUAGACCCUAAGUUGUAUAUUAUGGAGUUUAUGGGAACAACAUAUGAGAACAAGUGCUAGACUCAAACUUUACCGUAAAAAAUUGUGUUUAUCAGUUACUUGAAUGUUGGAAUUUAGCGCAUAAACUGUGUUCUGUUUCAGGUCUGAUGCAGGCAGAACCUACGAUUGCUUCAGGUCUGAUACAGGUUGGUGCUUUGCAUGCUACCGCGGCUGAGCCUGAGUUGGGAUUGGAAUAAUGCAUCUGCGACGAACGUGGUCAAUACAUGCUUUCAAAGACAGAAUGGAUUGCCCUUCUUUGUGGAGUGGUUGUUAGUAAAAAAUUUUGGUCUGAUGCAGGCAGAACCUACGAUUGCUUCAGGUCUGAUAUGGGUUGGUGCUUUGCAUACUACCGCGACUGAGCCUGGUGCGGUACAGACAUAUUCGGCAGCUGUUAAUUCGAAAAGUCCGACUCGGGCGAUUCAAAUGUAUAUUGAUGCAUAAUUUUGCUUCGUAUUUAAAUAGAGUUGGGAUUGGAAUAAUGCAUCUGUGACGAACUUGGUCAAUACAUGCUUUCAAAGACAGAAUGGAUUGCCCUUCUUUGUGGAUUGGUUGUUGGUAGAAAUUUUUGAUACUUAACUGGGAAUCUUUUUACUGGACCACUUCCAAAUUGGAUUGCUAGACCAGACAUAUGAUGAUGACUCAAAUGAAGUUGGACCCGCAAGCUUUCGGCAAACUGCAUCAAAUUGGGCACUUAACAAUACUGGUCACUUCUGUGAUAAAAAUAAUAGCCUUGUGGACUACUCUACAUGGUCUAAUAAAACUAAUCUUGCCAUGGAAAAUUCCGAGUUGUAUAUGGAUGCACGCGUUUCUCCUCUUUCUCUAACUUAUUACGGAUUUUGCCUGGGAAAUGGAAACUACACAGUAAAUCUCCAUUUUUGCGGAGAUAAUGUUCACGGAUGAUCAAACAUAUAACAGCCUUGGAAGACGUAUAUUUGACAUCUAUAUUCAGAAUAGGUUGGUGGUGAAGGAUUUCAAUAUUGCAAAAGAAGCCGGUGGAGUUGGUAAGGCAAUCAUAAAGAAGUUCACUGCUAUUGUGACUAGAAAUACAUUGGAGAUUCACCAUGAUUGGGCUGGGAAAGGGACAACUGGAAUCCUGUUUGAUUCAGUAUAUGCUCUUAUAUCGGCUAUAUCGGUUGAUCCUGACUUUACACCCCCGGCAGAAAAGGGAAGCAGCAUACCUGUGAGGGUUAUUGUUGCAGUUGUAGUUGCUGGUGUACUAGUUAUAUUCAUGGUAUUUGGUUUUGCUUGGUGGAGAAGAUGUCGACAACAGAUAGGUCCAUUAGAAAGAGAGCUAAAAGGUUUGGAAUUCCAACCUGGGUUAUUUACGUUACGACAAAUCAAAGCAGCAACUAACAACUUCGAUAUUGAGUUUAAGAUUGGAGAAGGAGGGUUUGAUCCUGCUUUGAUUUGUUCUCUGUUUGAUUGUUGAGACUCUUAUAUCAUCAUUAUAGAGGAGUUGCUCAUGGACUUAGCCAAUCAGAAAUAUUGGGUCAGAUACUUGUAGCCCUAGGUCUGAUGCAGGCAGAACCUACGAUUGCUUCAGGUCUGAUGCAGACAGAACCUACGAUUGCUUCGGGUCUGAUACGGGCUGGUGCUUUGCAUGCUACCGCGGCUGAGCCUGGUGUGGUACAGAUAUAUUUGGCUGUUGUUAAUUCGAAAAGUCUGACUCUGGGGCGAUUCAAAUGUAAUAUCGAUGCAUAAUUUGCUUCGUAUUUAAAUUGAGUUGGGAUUGGAAUAUGCAUCUGUGACGAACUUCGUCAAUAUGUGCUUUCAAAGACAGAAUGGAUUGCCCUUCUUUUUGGAGUGGUUGUUGGUAAACUUUUUGGUAAGUAUAUGUCCCUCAAUGUCCCUAAAAUUGAUGGUCUAAAUACAAAAUCAAUGUGAUUGCUGAUUCGUAACUUCAAAUGUAAGUGUGGAAGACCCUUCUUUUUCAAAAAAGUGUAGAAGACCCUUGGAGCCUUAGAUGCAAAAUUGAAUAUAUGUCCCUCGAUGUCCGUAAAUUGAAUAUAUGUUCCUCGAUAUCCCUAAAUUGAAUGUAUGUUCCUCGAUGUCCCUAUUUCCAUAGAAGGGUCUCAAUGGAUUCCAGGAUAUUAUAAGGCACUUGAAGCUAUUGGAAAUCCUUCAACUUUUUAUAUUUCGGUUUUGGUUAUGGGCGUGUUUUAUCAUCUUUAUAACCAAUCAUUUUAUCAAGCAUUAGAUAAAUUUUUUCCAUUAACUUUCUCUGCUGGAAACACGAUGAAUAGAGUGGUUGUGAUUGUGUCUUCAGUUUUGGUGUUCGGGAAUCUGGUUCGACCUCUUAACAGUGUUGGUUCUGCCAUUACUUUUUUUGGGACUUUUCUGUUCACAAGCUACAGCUGCAAUGAAAGCAAACAAAAUUGAAGAGUUGGGGUUGGAAUAUGCAUCCGUGACGAACUUGGUCAAUUUGUGCUUUCAAAGACAGGAUGGAUUUCCCUUCUUUGGGGAAUGGAUGUUGGUGAACCUCUUGUUGAGUAUAUAUCCCUCAAUUUCCCUAAAUUGAUGGCCUGAUUCGAUUUCAAUAUCCUCAAUUUCCAUAAAUUGAUGGUCUGAUUUAAUUUCAAUAUGAAUGUUUAUUCAUAACUUGAAAUGCAAGUGUGACCCUUGACACAAUGACUAUUCAAUGUUUUUUUGUUUCUUCAUAAUAUGAUGGCGUUGUGAUAUAUAUGUAAUCAGGAUGAUGAAAUUAGAAUGAUGACUAUACAAUGGUUUAUUCAUGUAAACCACAUUUUUUAUUCAUAUGUAAUCAGGAUGGUAUACAUGGAAGAUUUUAUGGUCUAAAUGCAAUUUGAAUAUGAAUUUUUAAUCA